UAAAGUCCUCGUCUUCCCCCAAAUUUCCACUCGCAAAAGUCGCAACUCGCAACCCUAAUCAUCCAAUUCCCACACGGACUCUGCUACCAUCGGAGUCAGAUCCAUUCCUCCUCCCAUUCUCGAUCGCGAGGAGGAGGAGACCCCGCCCGCCAGCCACCCCGGAUCCGUCGAUCGCCAUGGCGGAUGAAGAACCUGUUGAUCCAAAGAAGUACCUUGAGGAGCGCUGCAAGCCCCAGUGCGUAAAGCCACUCUAUGAGUAUGAGAAGUGCGUCAAGAGAGUGGAGAAGGAUGAUACUGGGCAUAAACACUGCACUGGGCAAUAUUUCGACUAUUGGUCAUGCAUUGACAAAUGUGUAGCACCGAAACUCCUUGAGAAGCUCAAAUGAUGACCGGCUGCUACUUUUGGAUCAGUGACUUGUUCUAUUUGCGUAACCUUGUUCGCACUUGAAACUGAAUGAGUUAAUUGUGUCUAUUGUGACUGUUUGGGUUUCAUGACUUGUAAUAAAAGCCACCAUUUCCCAUAUCAAAGCAUGUGGAUUUAUUCGGUCUGAGCAUUGUGGACAUGGAUCGUCAUUUCUGUUUUGGCAUGUAAUCGACCAGCAUCGAGAAAAGAAAGAAAACUGUUCCAAGCA